CGAGCCAUCAUGAACACGAUCAUCAAUACUGCCUUUCUGUUGUUUACUUGUAGUUUGGGAUCAGCUCAGCUUAUCUUGACAAAUCAAGCAAGCAGCCUUUUUAACAGACCCCUCGUUAGGAGGACAAACUUACUGUCUAGUCGGCUAGGUAAUAACCGACUGAACAACAUAGGUGUAAACACAUUAGGUGUCAACGGUUUGGGUUUGAACCAAAUCCGUCUAAAUGGCGGUAACAGAAUUGGACUUUCCCAAGUAGGAGUCAACGGAUUAGGAGUCAGCCAACUCGGCGGUAACAGACUUGGACUCGCCCAGAUUGGAGUCAACGGUUUAGGUGUCAACCAACUCGGUGGUAACAGACUUGGACUCGCCCAAGUUGGAGUCAAUGGUUUAGGGGUCAACCAACUUGGUGGUAACAGACUUGGACUCGCCCAGGUUGGAGUAAACGGUUUAGGAGUCAACCAAAUCGGCGGUAACAGACUUGGACUCGCCCAGGUUGGAGUCAAUGGUUUAGGAGUCAAUCAAGUAGGUGUCACAGGUUUAGGAGUCAAUGGUUUGGGAUUCGGGAACCAGAUUGGAGUCAACAGAUUAGGAUCGAAUCAAAUAGUAACUGGCGUGUCCGGAAUGAACCAAUUGGGCGUCAGAAACCUGGGAGGAAACGGUUUAACUAAUGUUGCUCUUGCUGGAAACGGUUUAGGAGUCAAUAACAUUGGAAUGAACCGAAUUGGCAACCAGCGACCUCAAAUCAUAAUGUCUGGAGAUAUGAUGGAAAGCCAGAUGAAAUUCAACAGAAAAGUCAAUAAGGCUUACUUAGAGGCUAUGGGUCUCAAUUUAUAAAUUCCAUUCACUCAUUGUUUGCGGGUGUUCAUUUGAUUUUUAUGGGCGGUCUCAUAUUUUAUGGAAGGGAAUAUACAGACCUACAAUGGUACAGAUGUCUCUAUAGUAUAUUUUCUGUGGGUUACUUCACUUGUAACAUAAUCUGAUUACGUUUUUACGAAGAUAUGUUCAUUAAUUCAACCAAUCACAUGCUCUGUUAGGUAAAAGAGUUAUAUCACCAGCGACUUAUUUUAAUAUAUUCAUUGAGCAUGAUUUCUAUAUUGACCCGAACAUUAUAUAAAGGACAAAGUUGUCAGAAUAUGGUAUUCAUUGGAUAACACCCGGACAAUUUAUGAAGAAACGAUCACACGUUGUGUCUUGAUUGAAUCGCUCAUUAAGACAUUUCAGAAAUCUUUCUAGAGAAAUUGGUUAAAAAGAAAAAUUCUUGAUUAAAUAGUAUAUAUUUUCCUAAAGUCUUUUUUUUUAUUGCUAAUGUUAAAAUAGAAAUAAUAAUAUAAUUUAUGUUUUAUUAUUUCUUUAUCGCUCUAACUAUUGAUGUAUUGAACAUUAUUUUAACAUUGAAAAUAUUUUGUUAUUGCUCAAAACAAUGUUCUAUUUAUAUUUGUGUAGAUGUUCUUAUUUAUAUUUUCAUUUCCUGUUAAAUAUUGUGAUAGAGAGUACUGAAAA